AUGGUCAUUCUGUCGACAUUCGGAGCCUUGCACAUCCUCCAAGUCCUCAUCGGCCGCUCACGCCUCUUCUGGGAUGCCGAUCGAGUCGAGUUCAACAGGUUCUUGCCGGAUCUGGACAGGCUCCAUCGCUUCGAUAACGGACUUUUUCGCUCGACUGCGGACGCGUCUCAGGAUGUAAUCCCAAUUCCCUGCCACUCGCACAACGACUACUGGAGGCGGGAGCCGCUCUUCGACGCCAUCAGCUGGGGGUGUACGGGCGUAGAGGCGGAUGUCUGGCUUUUCGAUAGGGAGUUGUAUGUCGGCCAUACCAUGUCGUCUUUGAAGCGAGGGGGAACGUUUCGGGAGAUUUAUGUUGAUAAGCUUGUCGGGCUGCUUGAUCGUAUGAACGCAGGGAGCGAGGUCGGUGGCGGGACGGGGCAAUUGAGUGGAGUGUUUCAUCGAAAGCCUGGUCAGGCUUUGACUCUGCUGGUUGAUCUCAAGAACAGUGGACGUCAGGCUUUUGAGAUUCUGCAGAAACAGCUCAGCCCGUUGCGGGAGAGGGAUUAUGUCACGUACUGGAACGGACGGGAAGUCGUCCCUCGAGCGGUUACGGUGGUAGCGACGGGAGAUACGCCUUUUGACUUGGUUAUUGCGAAUGCCACCUACCGCGAUAUCUUCUUCGAUGCGCCGUUGGAAGAACUGUGGGAAAGGCCUCGCAGCCCUAUAGAUGCUGAAGAUCCCAUCCACGAGCUCGAUAGCGAGAUAGACUACGGGUCAGCCAUGUCUCUACCCAACGAAGGCCAAACCUCGAGGCAUGAAUCAAGCAGCGACAUCCACAACCAAGGCCCAGAACAGUACAACACCAACACCUCCUACUACGCCAGCACCUCCUUCGCCAAGACGGUCGGAUUCGUCUGGCGCGGCCACCUCUCCCCCAGACAAAUGGAGAUCAUCCGCGGCCAAAUCCGCGGCGCCAAACGUCGUGGCCUCAAGACGAGAUAUUGGAAUACCCCGCCGUGGCCGAUUGCGUUGAGGAACCACGUGUGGCAUGUGCUCGUGAAGGAGGGCGCCGAUGUGCUGAAUGUUGAUGAUCUCGCGGCGGCGGCGAGGCAGACGUGGAAUGCGAGGGUGCAUCAGUUGUGGUGA